UAUUAUUAUUAUUAUUAUUAUUAUUAUUAUUAUUAUUAUUGGGACAAAUAUCAGUACAAAGGGGCACCGAAUACAUAUGCGCCACACAAGUCACUUGAUUUGUGUGUGGGCUGUGAUACUGCUCGGGUGCCCAAACCGAAACAGGAUGAUUACAUCUAGAUAAUACAUUAGUCAUUCGCAUGUCUGAUACUCUAGUUUAUUGGGAUUUAAUAAUCAGCAGUCAAGACAGUCUUUUGUUUGUAUUCUGUCAUGUAAUCAAAUUUUCCAACCUGAGUUUUACAGAAUUAUUACAGAAAUUCGCUUUAAAGGAGGGAAUAUUCUCAACGUUUGAAAUUAGUAUAAAGAAUCAAUGACUCCUACAUCCAUUUUUUGCCUUAGUCCUACCUGGUAUCAUCGAUUUCUAAAUAUUUGUGUACAGUGUAGUCUAGUCUGGUUUUAUUGUACUGUAACUAAAUGCCCAACUGUUUAGAGAACGCCGAAGUUUUAGGACAGUAAAUUGGACACUAUUAACAACUAACAGGGUUUUUUAUGAUUCUGAGUACGGGUGUGUGUCUUUAUUUUUUUCUAAGUUAGUUGUAUUUCUGGUGAAAUAUUUCUGUCGGAAGUUGUUGUUUGUAGCGCCAUGAUCAAUUGUCAUCAACAACCGGUUCAACGUUGGUAAAAUGCUUGAGAUAGUGUAUCUAAUUCUUAACAACGUAGUUUGUAAACAACUUAUUCUUCAUCCGGUUUAUACAGAUUUGUUUCAUUUCCCUCGCUGGAUAUAUGCAAUCUGAACGUAUUGGGUGCACGAGUGAUAUUCCUUUUUUUCCAACUAAUCUUGUACCUAUAACUGCUCCCUUCUGUUUAGUCCAAUUUAUUUUGUGUAAUCAAUACGUUGUUGGUGGGGGUCCGCGUAACUAUUGUAACCAUUGAUUGAAGUCUGUGGGUGAGAUAACUCAAAAUAUAUCACAAUGGCGUCGGUGUAUAUACUCUUGCUUUUCCUUUAAACCAUGAAGUUAAAAUUGUUUUAUAUCUUUUUUUGGAGAACUGUUUUUUUCCUGUACUAUAUCCUUAUGCACAAUUUUUCUUUUAAAUAUUGCUACAAUUGAAGUAACUACAAUGAUUUUGGUGUUCAUCUUGUUGUGCUAAUUAGGCAUGGCAACUUGGUCUGAUGCAUAUAUGUGCUUUCUACGUCAUAGGUGACUGACUGAUGUAUCGUUAUCUUUGUCGUCCAACUAUUAAUUACGUCAUUUAGAAGUAUAACGCUUUGCUACAAAAGCUGUUUAUCACUUUGAUUUCUUUCCAACUUUCCAGUGUAAACAAGUUCCAUUGUUCACAAUACUAAUCCCAAUCACUAAUAUAUUUAGCAUUCUAACAGUCGACGUUUAAUUUUGAUGUUGUAUGUAAGUUGUUGACUUUAUCUUGAUAUUUUGUCAGUGUGUCUCAAAAACAGAUCAAGUCCUUUUGGUUGAUUUUUUUAAUUUUCUCUAAAUAGAAUGUCGGAUGAUAUAUGGGAGGAGAGUGCUGUCAAAGGAUUUCAAUUUGAUUUAGAGGAAGCAGAUAAUACUUCAACGUACUCUCAUAUUCUCGGUGAUAGCUUUGGUGAAACAUUUAGUGAUGAAUCAAUAACAAUAGACUUUAACAAUCAAUUUUGUACAAUAUGCCAUAACUUAAUCGGUAAUGAGAUUUACUAUGAAAAAGAUGCUACGUUCUGUUCAGAGGCAUGCUGGUUGAAAGCAAUUACAAUAGCUCUUGAUGAUUUUGUUGUUGGGGGAAUGAGUACAUGGCCAUUGAGUACUUUUGUUUCACAAUCUUCUAAAUCAGUUAUUUUAAAUUUGACUACAAACACUUUUGAUGGAAAUUUAAUUACAAAGAUUGUUAAUGAACUUAGGAAUUCAUUAUCAGAAAGCACUUUUGAAAAUAUUUUGCUAAAAAACCCCGUAGCCGCGUUUCAUUUUCUUAACUUCCUUAGAAAUACUGGACAGUUAGUAGACUUAAAGAAAUAUAUGAAAAUACUAGGUUUUAUCAGAGAAAGUGAAAUUUCUAGCUAUAGUCAGUUGAUGCAAAAGUUGAUGAAUUUAUCGUCGGGUCAUGUAGACGAAGUUAAUAAACAUUUAAUGCAGAUUGCAGAAUCUGAAGUAGCCUCAAAUCUUGCUGUUAAAAAUAUUGUUGAAAUCUCUUCUGAAUUGGCUGUUAUCUUGGAUUAUCAGAACAGCUAUGAAAGAGAAUGGAGUUCAUAUUACAGUGAACUUAUACGUACAAACGCUCGGAAAAACGCUACUACACUUCCUGAGAGUUUGUUGAUGCAGCCAUUAUGCGAAACUCUUGGUGCAUUGGCGAGGAUGGAUCAAAGCAUUAAGACCAAUAGUCGGGCUGAAACUCUUGGGAAAAAGUUCAAAAUAUCGGAUGAACAGUUUAGAUGGUUGUUGAUAGAGCCCCUUGUUCAGUCACGAAACUGGGACGAUCUGGAAUUUAUCAUGUUAAAAAAGAAAUCUUUGUCGCGUCGUAUGGAGGUUACCAUCCCAACUGACCGUUUUAUCCUUCAUCUCAAUUCAUUAGGUGUCCCAAACAAUAUUAUUGAAAGUUACUUGAAAUAUCUAAAUGAUGAUGAAUUUAUACAGAUUGUUAUUCGGUUAAAUAUGGUCGAUGAAGCCGUUAAACUCUGCUUGGAAAAGCGAAAUAUCAACGCUUUGAAGGAACUCAUGUCUCAAAUACCUGGCAAUCAUCAAAAGAAGAAAGAAAUAUCUCACUAUCUAUCAGUUCCUGUUGCACAGUGGAAAGACUUUGUUUGUAGACAAGCGUUUUGA